UCUUUAAUUUUUAAUUUUUAUAAUUUUCAACUCAAACUACGCGCUGCAUAUUCGUCGAAUUUAAAAUACAGUCAUAAAACCAGAAUUAAGGGAAUGCUAAAGUGAAAGGCGAACUCAAUCGAGGUCGAUAAUACAAUUUCCAUCCAACGCACGCGGAGACUGCCCGUCAGACAUCAAGCCUGUGGGAUUCUCUAACUCGUUAUAAUUAUAACAACACACGACGUUACGAUAACGAUACCGACUUUCGUCAUGUGUAACGAGAAACCGAUACCGACAGUGCAAUUCCGUAACUCAAAAUAGCGAUACUCUGACGUUACAGAACAUGAUAACGAAGUGUCGUUAUUUAACGUUAUCGUUAGCGUGAAAGUAAAGAGGAAGUGACGUAUAUGUAUCAGAUUUUGGGGGAGAAUUCGUAGAUUGGUAUUUUGUAUACAGCAGCAUUCUAGUAAUUUACCUUGGGGAAUACUCAUUACUCCCCGAAAUCUUGGACAAAGAGAGAACUGACCAAUCGCGUUAGUCAGUAAGGUAAAUUGUUUCAAUGCGAAUGAUCCAUUCUUUCUCCGUCCGAGAUCUCGGAAAGACUUUAAAAAGUGCUUAGAACAAUUACGCACGUGAAAUUUUAUUGCAGUGAUUCAAGCGCAAUGACUUCUGUAUUGCAGUAAGUAUUUUGUAUUACAAAGUGUUAAUAAAAGAAAUAAUUAUAAUAAUGUAAUAUAUGUGUACUAAUUGACGAUAUAGAUCGACUUUUAUAGACGACAUAAAAAUGUUGCUUAUACUAUCUUAUGCAAAUAUAAAUAAUGUAUGGGUUAUUCAAGUACUAAUUAGGUUAUAUAUGUUUCUAGUAUUAGGUUAUGUAUACUCUUAUAUCGAGCAAAAUUGCUUUAUUCAAGUUUAUUAUAUUUUCCGAAGAAAUAAAGAAGCAGGGACUAAGGCGAAGAGGCAGGCGAAAGCAACAUCAGCACAAAUAGACUACAUGGUGGACUAUUUUGUGCAACAUCCACACGUUGCAACAGGCAAGUUUCAGAGCCUACAUGGGAACACUGAUUUAAGAGGGUCAUGGGAGCAAUUAGUCACUCAAUUAAAUAGUAUAGGAAAAAAUGGAAAGACUAAAGAUGUAAAGUCAUGGGAAUCAACAUGGCGAGAUAAUAAAACUGCAGUUUCCCAAAAGAUUGCAAAAAUUCGUGCUAAUCGAAGUGUAACAGGGAAUGUUGGUGGUGCUCCUGACAAAUUGACGGAACGAGAGAAAAAGAUUUUGGGUCUAAUGGGUCUUGAUUAUGUGGAGGGCGUACAAUGUCCCGAUUCAUUUCCAGAGGAACAGGCGGAAGCAAUGAAUUUGCUUACUGCGGGAGACGACGAAAUUUUAAAUAUUAUUCCUGAACCUUUAACUAUACGAGACAACAUAAAUGAUGUUAUUAUGGAGCAUGAUGUAAAUUGUAUUGUGCUAGAUGCUACUGGAGAACCUUUGGGAGAAGGGUCAACUCUUAAUAUUAUUCAGACUGAUUCACAAAUUAAAAAUGUGGAAACUGCAAAACAGCCACACCAUUGCGAAACAACAGAAUCGCUGUCGGGUUUUCCAAUUAACGAAGAUAUACCACAAUCGCUCAUUACUGUUACGCAGGGUUCUAGCAAAAAACGAAGAGCGCCGCAAAAUACAAGACGAAACACUGAACGGUUGGGCACACAGCUGCAGAAUGCCAGAGAAGAUUUUGCAACUCUAGCUGAGCGCCAAAUUUCAUGUAUGGAGGUAAGAUCUAUCUGAAAUUUUUAAAAUGUAAUUUAAAAAUACGCGUUAUUAUUAUACAACGUUCUUGAAAAAUUUUUUUUUACAGAUGUUUGCUAAAGCAAUGCAACAAAUUGAGGACAAUAAAAAGGAUCAAAAUAAAUGUCUGCGUGCUUUCAUAGAAGCAGAAAAUAGUAGAGAAGAAACAUAUUCCGAAUUAAUGAUAGUAGUAAAAAAUUAUGUUAAAAUUUUGAAAAAUAAGUCUGAUCUUUAAUGUCCGUAUUUUAUUAUCUUUUGAACCUUAUUCUUUCAUAUAU